AUGCCCUCUCUCCAUAUGCUGUUGCUUCCAAGACUAAGAUGCCUCUCGCUCUUACAGCGAGGAUGGAUGGGUAUAGAUCAACUUGAACAGAUUCACGCCCAGCUAAUUACUGGUGGUCUUAAUUGUCGGACAGCCCCUUCUGUAAUGGGGAAAUUGGUAGAACGUUAUUGUGCGAUAUCGACCCCGGACGGCCUUGACCAUGCCCGUCUCAUCUUUCACCACACAGAGGAGCCAAAUGUCUUCAUAUUGAAUGUUGUGAUCCGUUGCAUGCCUCCUGAGAAAGCAAUUGUUCUCUUUGCUGAUGCAACCACAAAUAAAGACUUAGUAUUCGACAGUUACACCUAUGUAUAUGCACUUGGAGCAUGUGCCCGCUCAUCGUCUUCUGCAUUGCUUGAAGGAAAGCAGAUACAUGCUCGGAUUGUCAAGGGUGGAUUCACAUCAGAUCUCAUCGUGCAAACAACUGGUAUGCAUUUUUAUGCAAGAAAUGGGGAUAUUAGCUCAGCACGGCAAAUGUUCGAUGAGAUGCCUCUGAGAAGCAGUGCUUCUUGGAAUGCCAUGAUAAUGGGAUAUUGUUGGCAAAGAACAAAAACUAAAGACCAUGCAAAGGAGGCACUGGUAUUAUUCUGCAACCUGCUCUUGGAUGGUUGUAUGGUAAAACCAACAGAAAUAACCAUCGUCGGUGCGCUCUUGGCAUGCUCUCAUCUGGGUGUUCUAGAGUUGGGGAGCUGUGUUCAUGGGUAUAUCCAAAAGACAAUUUACGUGCCGGAGGAUGAUGUCUUCAUUGGGACAGGGAUGAUCGACAUGUACUCCAAAUGUGGGUGCCUGACUAGUGCAGUGAGUGUGUUCAAGAGCAUGAGUGAGAAGAAUGUAUUAACCUGGACAGCAAUGAUGGCGGGGCUAGCCAUGCAUGGACGAGGAAAAGAAGCCCUGGAGCUAUUGGGCGCAAUGGAGGCUCAGGGCACAAGACCAAAUGCAGUCACCUUCACAUGUCUACUGUUUGCAUGCUGUCACGCAGGCCUUGUUGAAGAAGGGCUCCGCCUCUUCCAUACUAUGAGCAGAGAUUUUGGCAUUACACCCCAGAUUCAACACUAUGGUUGUGUUGUAGACCUCCUCGGCCGUGCUGGUCGCCUGCAAGAAGCUUAUGAGUUUAUAAUCCAAAUGCCAGUGAAACCUGAUGCUAUCUUGUGGAGGAGUCUGCUAGCAGCAUGCCGGGUUCAUGGCAAUGUCGCAAUGGGUGAAAAGGUUGGGAAGUUGUUGCUGCAGUUGCAGCCAGGAUUAUUAAACAAAUCGUUUUCUGCAUGUGAAGACUACAUAGCUUUGUCAAACGUUUAUGCAUUAGCAGAAAGAUGGGGAGAUGUGGAGAUGGUGAGAGACGUGAUGAAAGUUAAGGGAAUAAAAACUAAACCUUCAUGGGCUGUUGUCCAUAGUUUGUAA